CCCCUUCCUCCUCCUCUCCCCACCGCCUCCCCCUCCCACUUCCGCCGCGCCUGCGCGUGCUCCUUCUUAAAUUUAGCAAUGCCUCCUCUCCACCCAUUCCCGCGCGCCUUCCCCGUCCCGCCCCAGCCUCCUCCACGCCCCGUCGCCUCCCCGCGAAACAACCACCUCCACCGUCGCCGCCUCCCCGCCCAUGGGAGGGUGACCUCGCGUCCGUCUGUCCCCUUUCCAGACGGUGCCUUGCCGUGGCGUUUGCGGGGGCCGCCGAGGCUUGGUCCGCCUCACCUGAUCCAUCGUCUCUAGUUUCAGAUGAACUCCAGGUCAUACAACAAACUGGACACCGCGAAUGACAAAAUGGAUUUUAACACCCGUGGAAAUACCGCGUUCAAUGGCACCUUAGACCGGAAUCAAUCAGGUGUGUCUGCCAAUCCAUCCACAGCAUCCAAACCAGCUGCACACUCGCAGAUCCCAAUGGACUUCAGCACUCGUGAAAAUACAGCGUUCAAUGGCGCCGUAGACCGGAAUCAACCGGGUGUCUCAGCCAAUCCAUCCACAGCAUCCAAACAGGCUGCACACUCGCAGAUCCCUUCGGAUAAGAAACCACGUCCCAAGAAAGAAGAUUUUGCUGACAAAGGAAACCCAAACCACAUGACAAAACGCCUUGUUAAUCCUGCGGAGAGCCCUGUGCUGACACCAACAAAAGCAGCAUCCAGAGGCAUGAACAGUAAUACACAAGAGAAACUUAGUGAUUCCGGUCUAACCAUUCGUCAAGGUAGCGCUGACAGUCCAAGAAGUAACAGCUUGGAUAGCUGCAUGUCCGGCCAUGUCAAGCAUCACACCGGAGGGGACUGCCGAUGGGAGGCCGUCCAGUUGGCCAGCUCCAGGGACUCCCCUCUCAGCCUAGUCCACUUUAGACUUCUGAAGCGCCUUGGAUACGGAGACAUUGGCAGUGUUUACCUUGUGGAGCUCAGGGGCACGGACACGUUCUUCGCGAUGAAGGUGAUGGACAAGGAGUCGCUCAUCAGCAGGAACAAGCUGAUCAGGGCGCAAACGGAGAGGGAGAUACUCGGCCUUCUCGAUCACCCUUUUCUGCCCACGCUGUACACUCAUUUCGAGACCGACAAGUUCUACUGCCUUGUCAUGGAGUAUUGCUGCGGCGGUAAUCUCCAUUCGCUUCGGCAGAAGCAGCUGCACAAGCACUUCUCCGAGCAUGCAGCCAGAUUUUAUGCCUCUGAGGUGUUGCUGGCACUGGAGUACCUCCACAUGCUAGGCAUUGUGUACCGAGACCUCAAGCCGGAGAACGUGCUCGUCCGAGACGGGGGGCACAUCAUGCUGUCCGACUUCGACCUGUCGCUGCGGUGCUCGGUGAGCCCGAUGCUCGUCAAGUCGUCGUCGGUGCACGCAGGCCCCAACGGCAUCGAGAAAGGGCUGACCAACACGGAGGGCGUGAGCAACGGGUGCAUCCAGCCGUCGACGUUCUUCCCGCGGAUGCUGAGCAUGAGCAUGAGCAAGAGGAACCGCAACAAGACCAAGUCGGACCUCAGCCUCCACGGGCUCCAGACCAUGGAGUUCAACGCGGAGCCGACGGACGCCCGGUCCAUGUCGUUCGUGGGCACCCACGAGUACCUGGCGCCGGAGAUCAUCCGAGGGGAGGGCCACGGCAGCGCGGUGGACUGGUGGACCUUCGGCAUCUUCCUCUACGAGCUGCUGCACGGCAUGACGCCCUUCAAGGGGAACGGCAACCGCGCCACGCUGAGCAACGUGGUGGAGCAGCCGCUGCGGUUCCCCGAGAGCCCGCCGGUGAGCAACGUCGCGCGGGACCUCAUCCGGGGGCUGCUCACCAAGGACCCCCAGAAGAGGAUCGCGACCAAGAGGGGCGCCACCGAGAUCAAGCAGCACCCGUUCUUCGAGGGCGUGAACUGGGCGCUUGUCCGGAGCGCGCACCCGCCGUCGGUGCCGGACCCCGUCGACUUCAGGCAGUACCUAGGCAAGGAGAAGAAGGCAGAGCGUGGCCUUGGCACCGUUCCGAGCAGCUUAUCGGCUGGCGCUGUCGCGGCAGCCAAGACGGCCUCCGGCCAGUUCGAGUAUUUCUAGAACUGCAUCGGGUUUUCUGAGUGCUUGUAGGACUACUGGACACCAUAGAUACAGAUACAGAUACCCCGGGCUCGUAUAUCACUGUAAACCCUCCUGUACUGUACUGCGGUGAUUUCCGUUAUAUACCUGCUGAGAUGUCUCAUUUGCUAACGGCUGCUAAUUGAACCAUCAAGUUCUGUGA